CGGCGUCUUUGUCGAAGGACACGAUCGCCAUAAUAUGAAUUAUGAUGAGCCGAGUCCACAUGCAAACGUCGCGGAGAUGUGAACACGGGGUCAACGGGGUCCCGUGACUUUAACUGCAGUCAAAUCAUGUAAAACCUGAACUAUUACGAUAAUAUCUCAGGCCGCUGUCAGUGGACUGAAACAGUCGGAGACGCUGCCUGCGAUAAGGUCGCUCCGGGACCCGGCGCGCACACGUGACGCUCCAGGCGCGCUCCCUCCUCGGCGGCGGGGCGGCGGGGCUGCGGCGCCCGUGUUCAGGGUGUUGGGUGACGCCGCUGUGCGUUGCCCUCUCGUCGCUGCGGUAACUCUGUGCUGUUUGGUAACCAUGGCAACUCGAGGAAGUGUCUUUGUUGGUUGCACUAAACAGCUCCUUCCUGCACAUGAGUUUUACCGAAAAGGAGAAGCACAUCAAUCAUCAUAAAGCCGACAGGAUGGAGCUCUUGGAUCAGUGGUUAUGGAGGCAGGAGUACUGGCUGCCACCUGGCAUCACCUGGCAGGACAUGCAAGCCGGAGAGUCUGUUCGCCACCCUCGGCCUCGCGACCUUCUCCUCACCCUGCCCCUGGCGCUGGGCUACAUCUGUCUUCGCCACUUCUUCGAGAGGUUGGUGGCGCUUCCCCUUGGCAGGUGGCUCGGCGUUAGGGACCGGGUUCGUGUUCCACCCGCUGCUGUUCCUGCGCUAGAGACCUUCUAUACUGACCGCACCCAUCAGCCUUCCCAGACAGAAGUCCUCAGUCUGGCCAAGCAAUGCGACCUCCCAUACAAGCAAGUGGAGAUGUGGUUCCAUCGCCGGAGAAACCUGGACAGACCGAGCAACACCAAAAAGUUCUGCGAGGCCUGCUGGCGGUUUGCCUUUUACCUGGUGGCGUUCUCAGCUGGACUGGCUUCACUGAUUCGUAGCCCCUGGUUCUGGGACCUGAGCGAGUGCUGGAAGGGGUAUCCUCUGCAAGAGGUGGAGCCGGCUCACUACUGGUACUACGUGCUGGAGCUUGGCUUCUACUGGUCACUGCUGCUCUGUGUGUCUGUGGAUGUCAAGCGUAAGGACUUUAGGGAACAGAUCAUUCACCAUGUAGCUGCCAUUGUCCUGCUUGGUUUCUCCUACUGCUCCAAUUAUGUGCGUGUUGGCACACUAGUGAUGCUGGUGCACGACUCCUCGGACUUCCUGUUAGAGUCCGCCAAGAUGUUCAACUACGCAGGCUGGAGGAAGACUUGUGAUGGCUUGUUUGUGCUUUUCGCAGUUGCCUUCCUGGUGACACGUCUGGUGGUGUUCCCCAGCAAAGUGAUCCACACAACCCUGAUUCUUUCCAUGGAGGUCUUUAAACCCUUCUUUGGCUAUUACUUCUUCAAUGGCCUCCUCCUGGUGCUACAAGCGCUGCACAUCUUCUGGGCGUGGCUCAUCCUACGCAUGGUCUACAAGUUCCUCUACUCAGGCAAGGUGGAGCGGGAUGAACGCAGCGAUGAGGAGAGUGAACCUGGGGAGAACGACGAAGGGGAUGGAGAGCAUCCGCAGUGGGAGAAGAGGAAAGGCGCUCUCAACUCUAGGCUGUCUGUACUGGCCAAUAACUGUGUCAUCAGCAAGCUGACCAGUCAGAGGUGCAGCAAGAAUGGUAUGGUGCCCAAGGGCAGGUAGAGCCUCUGCAGCCUCAGAGGGGGCAGCCUGGGGAGUGUGGACCAGUAGAUAUGGGUUUCUUUACUUUUGUUUGCUUUUUGAGAAUCGGGAGUGACACACGUGACGGAAAACGUGUCGAUCCGAAGCUCCAGUCGCAGUCUGUGUGCAGAAGGCCUCACACAAUCUGCUUCGUUCCAGUCUAGUCUCCAAGCCUGCGGGGGCCAGCUGCAGGUGUCUCGUGGUCUUUAUCACCGAAAACAAUUUAAAACACUGAACAGAUUGCUCAGCACAAGCAGUGGGAGGAAAAUUGUGAGCGAGAACUUUGAAUAAAUACAUUUAUUUAUUGGACAGGGUUCUUGUUCUGCAUUAGACUUGCAUGUACACAUUUAAGCAGUCCCUUCAUUUCAAGUUUCAUAUUAACACAAUUAGUGUAACUGGAUGACUACUAAAAAGUACACGGUGUUUAGUACUCUUGGUGACACAGGUAAAGUAUGCCUGUAGCUAAAGUCUAAUAUGGAAACUUCAUUUGAAUAACUGCCAAUAAUGUACUUUAGUCCUGUAAAAUGAAACGAUAGCUGAAGAUGCUGCUCAAAGACUCAAAGCACUUCACUAUUAGAACUACUGUACAGUAUAUAUGCAGCAAAUAUACGGAAUUUUAUUCACGUUACUAUAUGUAGUGGGACUGGAACCAAGAUAGAACAGUUUUCAAUGCGGAGUGAAAACGUACUUCUAAUUUAGGCUUUUCGUUCUGCUGCUACUAAGAGGCCUCGAGUGCGUUUACCCCUUUUUGGAUCCCUAUUGUACGGGAAUGAAAUGAAUG